AUGGAACUGUACUCAGAAAUUUCGCGUCUUGUCCUCACGAAAGACGAAAAAACGGCACUACAUAGAUAUUUUACCAAAGAACCUACUCAGAAGGUAGAAGCUAUUGCUAUUCUGUCAACCUGCGAGGACGAUAAUGAGAAGAAGACAACGUCAAUUGAACAGUUACUUAUUACUCAGUUUUCUCAGUCACUUACUAAUCCACCAAGUGAGAAUGAGCUUGAAGUGUAUCUUAAGCAUCCAUUUCUUCAAAAGAUUCCUAUACGGCACAAACUGUAUCAUGACAUGGCUACAUCACCAGAAUUAGCAUUAUUAAAUCUUGGAGACUACUUUAUUGAUGAGGAUGUUGGUCAAACUGGAGAUACUGUUUCCUCUCUAUGUGAAGCUGCAAUAAUGCUUACAAUAACAGGUAGUGAGAAUAACUUGAUUAGUGAGUAUGAUGCUUUGGUUAAACGAAUAUGGCAAAGCCUUGGCCGAAGUCCUCAGUUUUGGUUACAGGUUGAUCGCAAUGUUGUGGAUACAUCUGGUGCAACACUAAAAAUGUUUCGUCUAGAUCUGAUUGCCUUACUGUGA